AUGAAUUAUUAAAUGGGCCUUAACAACCCGGGAGCAUCGGCUUUCCCUGAGGAAGACAACAUCUUCUGUUGGAAAGGGGCAAUAAAAGGAAGCAAAGAGACUGUGUCUGAAGGAACUGAGUACAGACUCUCACUCUCUUUCUCCAGUGACUAUCCUUUCAAGCCUCCAAAGAUCAAGUUCCAGACUACUUGCUUCCAUCCCAAUGUUGAUGUCUAUGGCAAUAUCUGCUUGGACAUUCUUCAGGAUAAAUGGUCAUCUGCUUAUGAUGUGAGGACAAUACUACUAUCAAUCCAGAGUCUUCUGGGAGAACCGAACAUCAGCUCACCAUUGAACACUCAAGCAGCUCAGCUCUGGAGCAACCAAGAAGAGUAUAGGAAGAUGCCUCCCACCAGUGCAUGA